CUGAUUAUUGCCAUAUAGCCAACAAAAUCGAUUUUCGAGAACAUCUAAACGAUAUCUUUGAGAAUAUGCCAUAGAGAAUAUGCCAUAUCUUUGCAACCAAGUAAAGGCCGAUCUAUAAAUAGUCAAGCAUAUGUUACUAAUACACAUACACAUUAAACCUAAAGCGACUUAAAAACAAUGGCAGCAAAGGAGUGUUUCACCGAGCUAUCAGACAUCAAACCAUUCAAGACAUCAUGGAAAAUAAGAGUGAAGAUCGUCCACACAUGGAAACAGUUCACUACUUACACUGGAGAGACAAUCGAGAUGAUCUUGGCUGAUGUAGCGGGAAUACUAAUUCAUGCAACCAUUAAAAAACAACAGUUGAACAAGUUUCAACGACUAAUUGUUUUUGGAGAAUGGAGAGUCAUUGAAAACUUCCAACUCACUAGAGCAUCUGGGAAGUUUAGAGCAACCAAGCAUACAUACAAAAUGUCGAUAAUGAAUUCAACAAUCAUUACUCGAUGCCAGUCUUUGUCUAAUGAUUUUUAUGUUGAUCUUGCUGCAUUUGACAACAUACUCGCUGAUGAUGUUCUUAAUGAACACAUACUCAUUGAUGUUCUUGGUCAGGUAGUAUCUGUUGGGCAGAUGAAAACGUCUUCACAAAAUGAUAAACCAAAAAAAAGGUUGGAGGUUGAGUUGAGAGAUACCAGUGACCAGCGGCUAUCAUGUACUCUAUGGGGGAAAUUUGCAGAUUCAAUGUGGGAAGCAUGUAGAAAAGAAGAACGUGGAAUUGUCAUAUGUUUGCUUCGAUGUGCUAAAAUCAAUACUUACAAUGGUGAUAGAUCUGUCUCAAAUGCAUUUGACAUGUCUUUAAUGCUACUCAACCCAGACUACACAAUAGUCAAUGAAUUUGACCAAAACUGUAUCACUAAUAGCAGUGAUAAUGGAGAUGGAAAUCCAACUGCAAUGACUACUCCUUCAUCGAAAAGGAGAGAAGACCCAAAUGAUGAAAAUGACCAAGAAUCAACUUCGAAAAGGCUUUGUUUACCAUCAAUCACAGCGGCUAUUGAAAAAGAAUGUGACAAGGAUGUAGCAAAAGAAAAGGAUGGUGAGAAGUUUGGCGAUGUUGGAGACUUGGAAGGACAUCAAAAAGAUGGCGAGAAGGAUCAGGCUACUGCUACUUAA